AUGCCUGUGGUAGAGCGCACAAGUAAACUAGCAGAUGCUUAUGUUGCCAUCACAUUUGCAAGCUUUGAAGCCAAGUCAUCAGUUUCCAAGAAAACGUUAAAUCCUAAAUGGGACGAGGAGUUCCGCUUCGAUGUGGCCGAUGAUUCGGUGCUACAGAGUCAACCUAUUGAAUUUAAAAUCAUGGAUCAUGACGUGUAUACGACGGAUGCUACUGUGGGUAUUGUCUAUGUGGAUCUCAAUUGUCUCCUUAUGCGAGAUGGUCACGUUAUUCAAGGCUGGUUCCCUGUGUAUGACACACUUCUUGGAGUUCGUUGUGAAUUGAAUUUAGUGAUUCGACUUCAGUACUUUGGAGAUAUAAAUCCAUUUCAUGAAUCGUCAGCAGGUGUACAAUUUUUUGGAUUGUCGACAUUAGAUCCGAGUAUAUAUCGAAUUGAAAGUCUAUUGGGAUUUGUCGAGGAGCUUGUAGUGCAUGCCGAUCCCGAAUAUUCAUGGAGUGAUAGUUUUCGAACAUCGAGACGCAGUAAUGAACAUCGACAGUUAUUGUUGUAUAAAUUGUCAUCACAAGUUGCGACGUUAGUUGGAAAAAAGGCAUUGGAGCUUGGAGGAAAUGCUGUCUUGGCGUAUAAACAAUUUUUUGAUGUCGAAGGAGAUAGUGGCCUUGUGGCUCGUGCGUGUGGUACAGCGUGCUUUAUUGUAUCAGUGGGAAAGAGUGAAGGAAUAGCAGGGGAAUGUGGUAGUCAGCAGAGGACAAGAAGUGAGGAUGGACAUGAUAGUGGCACAAGUUUAGAUCCAAAAGACGAUAUCACUGAAUUGGGGGAAGACAGUGUCGAGGGUCUGGUGUCUCCUCGUUUUUAUCCACGACGCGUCAUCAAAGCUUUAAAAGCACCGGAAGCUUUUAAUAUUUCUGCGCAUGAUGAGGUGCAAUUGAUUACACUUAAAGUUUUUAAUCCUGCUACAAGGAUUCGGCUAGCUGGAAUUGUCAGCGCACGCUCCGUCAAGUAUCUUGGCAAGCUAGCAACAAAACUGGCGGAUCAAGAGACGCGAGACUCGUGGUGGCUUGAACUCCGUGAAGAGAUUCGAGCUCAUGCGCAGUCACUCCAGUGUCCCUUUGUUAUCGGCUACACUGAGUCCUGCACCAUUCACGAUGAUGUAUGUGUCAUUUCUGCCUCAGGAACAGCAGCAGUAAUGAAAAAUCCUCUGGAAGAAAGACGAGGCCGGCGUGAUAUCACUCUUAUUUAUGAUGUCGAUCAAGAUGGAUCUGAUGCGAUCGCAUCUUCGUCACCUAUGCUAAGUAUCCCGCCUCCCGAAGUCUCAGCAACUAUUGGACGUCGAAGCCCCUCUUUCUCCUACACGACACAUCCACUGCUGUCCAGAUCAAAACCAAGGAGAAGUCGGGUAUCCCAAUCACCCUGUCUUCUUUGCCAUAUUCCGUACUCGCGAUCGCUUGCCCCGUUUUCCAAUAUGAGGAUGGUUCGUUGUGGUGUAUGCGGAAACAAAUGGGUACCUGAAAUGAUGAUUGCAUCUAUUGAGCCCCCAGCUGGACUUGCAAUGAUGGGUAAAGGAACAUUUAUCCAAGCUCGAGUGUGCCGACAGCGCAGAAAAGGAACAGGUGAUGUGAAUGCAACAAUCGUGUCCGACGCGUUACCAUUCCUCGAGUACGAGCUGUAUCGCCAGAUGAAAGUUCUUGGAGUAAACGCCGUGUUUGCAUUUGAUGCUCAGAUCCAAGUCGGCGGUUCACUUAUUGUAGGCAUAAUAACGGGUACUGGUCUAUAUCUUCCUGCCCUCCCUCCACCGCCUACGCUUCGAAUUGAGCGAAACAUUGAUGUAAAAGAUGAUGAAGAUCGACGCUUGGUUGAGUUGCAAGCCCAAAUUGAAGAACUCAGCACGUUUAACAAAGACAGGCUCCAUCGAGACCGUGUUUGUAUUGUUCAACCUGAGUAUGAAAAUUAUUUUGGAGGUAGAAAUGCGCGGCUCCAGCCUCAAGGCAGCAAUUUGCUUUCUUCUGAUCAAGAUGAUGAAAAUGGAAAAGGAUUUAAACGCCUCGCUUUCUUUCGCACUGUCGCGAAGCGAGCACGCCGGAAACAGGGACAACCACCGCCAUUUGACGACGGAAUUACCUCCCAAGUAACUACAAUCGCAGAUAGCGCAGCUGCAGCAGGAACACUGAAUAAUAGCAGUACGAAGUUGACGGGAGGAUUCGAAACACCACCUGCUCCUUCAUCUCAACCUUUUCUUGAAAAUGAUACAAAGACAUUGAGCUCGUCUUCCGAGUCUAGUUCCGAAUCCGAAGAAGAAGCGUUCGUUGAUGGUUUUGGUGACUCAAAGCAGACUUUCGUAUUGGAAAUCGAUGAUGAGACCGACGAAGAUCUCAUGUCCGUACUACUUGAGCAAGAGCUACCAGAGGGAAUUUACAUGUGCAAUACAGACCGUUUGCCUGGUGACUUUACUUCGGGCGAGAAUGUACACUUGAUUCUGUCCAUGAAACGAGUAGAGUGGGAUGAAGAUCGAAUGCGAGAUACACGUCUGAAUGAAUUGCUUUCUGUCGUCUUUAAGGAGCUGUUUGCAAGUCUUUUGUUCAAAGUGCGCUCGUACGCUCCCUGUGCUGUAUGUGGUCUCAAGACACGCAUCGCUGUUGCUUCUGAAACGAUGCUCGAAGUCGUUUUAAGUGGAAUGGCAGUAUUAGAAAAAGAUUGGGAAGACUCAAAGGAAAUCUCCGUAAACAAUACUACCAUAUCUCUUGAGAUGCAAGAGACACAGCAAGGUGAUGCUAGCGGAAAACACACAUUAACAUCAGCAACGGUGCACGAUAUACCGCUUUCCGGCAAAGUUACUCCUUCCACACUUCACCUCGAUGUGACACCUCGAAUCCGAAGCUUUUGGCAUCACCGAUUUAUGAAAGCUCACAUGCAAGACACUGGUGGGACUCCUGCCUUUUCAGCUCCGUAUGGACGCGAAUGGAUUGAGCUGACACCACUUGGCUACAUUCCUGGUGCUCACGUGACGCGAUACCUUGGUCGUGUGACACUGCACUUUAUUAAAGAGAGCUGGACCGUGCGUGAGAGCGGAGGAUUGGGCGCUUUUUAUCACUUGUUUUUGAGUGAAGCCAUUGCAAUUGUCCGUGCUCAUGUGCGUUCAUUAGGAGGCAAUGCUAUGCUAACAUUUCGUCUAGUACCUAUUGAGUCUAGUCAACUAUACCGUAACCAAGUGUACAAUAUGAUCAGCAUCACAGGUGACGUCGUCAUGAUUGAACGCGAGGGUGGCAAAAGCACAUCAUAUCUACACAAGAUCGACAAAGUUGCUUCUUUCGAUGACGCUAGUGUCAGAGCUUCUAGCGAAGACUCGGUCAGUGUCGAGUAG